AUGGUGAAACUCAUCCCGAGUUUCUGGGUUCUCCUCUUCUCAAUCGCGCUUCUUUCACUCCAAUUCAAGGGAUCGUUUGGAUCCGAAUCAACUAAGGAAGCUUACGUCACACUUUUGUACGGAGAUGAGUUCUUAUUGGGAGUUAGGGUAUUGGGGAAAUCCAUUCGAGACACCGGAUCUAACAAGGAUAUGGUCGUUUUGGUCUCUGAUGGUGUUUCCGACUACUCUAAGAAGCUUCUAAAGGCUGAUGGAUGGAAAGUAGAGAAGAUUACUUUACUGGCAAAUCCAAACCAAGUUCAUCCCAAGAGAUUCUGGGGUGUCUACACGAAGCUUAAAAUAUUCAAUAUGACUGAUUACAAGAAAGUUGUGUAUCUCGAUGCUGAUACCAUCGUGGUAAAGAACAUUGAGGAUCUGUUUAAGUGCUCGAAGUUUUGCGCUAACUUGAAGCACUCUGAGAGGCUCAACUCUGGAGUCAUGGUCGUUGAACCCUCUGAAGCUUUAUUCGAUGAUAUGAUGAAACAAGUGAAGACCUUGUCGUCUUAUACCGGGGGAGACCAAGGGUUCUUGAAUUCGUAUUAUCCAGAUUUCCCGAAUGCUCGCGUUUUUGAUCCUACUUUGUCCCCUGAAGUCAUAAAAACAAGACCGGUUCCUAAAAUGGAGAGGCUCUCUACGCUAUACAAUGCAGAUGUUGGUCUUUAUAUGCUUGCUAACAAGUGGAUGGUGGAUGACAGCAAACUUCACAUUAUUCACUACACUCUGGGCCCUCUUAAGCCUUGGGACUGGUGGACAGCAUGGCUCGUGAAACCUGUUGAUGCUUGGCAUAGCAUUAGGGUGGGGCUUGAGGAGACUCUUCCUGGAACUGGAGGUGGAAGAUCCCCAAAUGAUGAAUUCGUUGUCAAGUUCCUUUUUUUGUUACCACUCUGUGGGCUUUUGUUCUGCCUUUAUCGUUCCAUACAGGGACGUGACUUCUUGGGUUCAUCGUGCAGGAGCUCUGUAUGCAAUCAGAUCAGACAUCUUUAUUACAAAGUCAGAUCUAAUGGAACACUUGGCUAUAGUGGUGUAUCUACCAUGAAUUCCAACUAUCAACACCACACUGGUCCUCAGUAUUUGGGGGCUGUUUCAGUUGUUAUCUGUUUUGUGGCCGUUUUGACAUCCAUUGGAGUUUCCUUUAUGAUUGUGCCAAGGCAAAUCAUGCCAUGGACUGGCUUGAUUUUGAUAUAUGAGUGGACGUUUACAAUCUUCUUCCUUUUAUAUGGUGGCUUUCUACUUCUGGUGUAUCAAUAUGGCAAGAAAACUGCAGCUCAAACAGGAUCUCUUUCAUCGCAAACAGAAUCGUCAUUGGAUGAUUCAGGAAAAGGUCAUCAGCGGGCAGAUGCGUCGUGUGACUUUACUACAUGGUAUUAUGGAUUAGGGAUGGCGUUUUUGGCUUUUGCUGCCAUUUCUUUGCCCUACAUUUUAGGGGUCACCGCUUUAUUUUUGAGGUUGGGUCUGAUGAUAGCCGUAGCGAUGGUUCUAGUAUCGUUCAUGACUUAUGCUUCAGAGCACCUCGCAGUCAGAUGGUUCCUGAGAGGUGUAGAAGACUGUGACACGACGAGAACAAAGUCAAUCUGCUGA